AGGAGGCGACGGCUGUGAGCGCUCUCUCGCUCGCCCGCCUACCCGCUCGCCCGCCAGCCUGGAGGUCGUUUUUGUUCUCGCAUCCUCCCGCGAAGAACAAGGCGAUCGUGGCCCGAGUGGCCGUGGAGAUGCGAGGCAGCGGCGGCGAGGAGACGGCUAAUACAGUAUCUCUGUGCUCCACUGUACAGUCCUAGCUCAACUUGAAGCUCAGAUGCUUCCACAUGUGGAGGCCUAGACAUCAUGCAGUCUUCCAUCUUUUAACACUUAACAGAUUUACUGCUGUAAGGAAAAAAGAUGGAAGAAGUGGUGGAAAAAUGCAGAAGGGGUACAAAUGGAAGGCAUUGUCAUCUGAAUCCCCCCCCCCAUUUAAAUUUCCAUGAAUAAGGAAUUGUAACAGAGAAGAUGAAACUGAAUCCAGUCUUUCCUGACCAAGCCCUAAUUCAGUGAAAGAUUUGCCUGGUUACAUUUCUAAACACCAACAUUUGAAUCUGGGAUAGUCUUUUGAUAUGUGGUGGUUUCAGCAAGGCCUAAGUAUCUUGCCUUCAGCCCUCGUAAUUUGGUCAGCUGCUUCUUUGUUGUUUUCAUAUACUGCUGCAGUUCUCCUCCGGCAUGUUGACCCUUUGGUGCCCUACAUCAGUGAUACAGGGACAACACCUCCUGAAAGUUGUUUGUUUGGGAUAAUGUUAAACAUUGCUGCUCUUUUGGGUAUAGCUACCAUGUAUGUCCGCUACAAACAAGUCAGUGCUUUGAAUCCUGAAGAUCACAAGAUCCUCCGGUUAAAUAAGAUUGGUUUUGUGCUAGGACUGAUUAGCUGCUUUGGACUUUGCAUCAUUGCAAACUUCCAGAAAAGUGCUUUGUUUCCUGUGCACGUAUUUGGAUCUUGCCUUGCAUUUGGAAUCGGAGCCAUUUACAUUCUAGUUCAGACCAUUCUUUCCUAUAAGAUGCAGCCAGGAAUUCACGGGAAGAACAUUUUUUGGAUUAGAUUGACAGUUCUGCUCUGGUGUGCAUUAAGUAUUCUGAAUAUGUUAAUUUCUUCUGCUGUAUUACACAGUGGUCCAUAUGGAACUGAUGUAGUACAGAAGCUGCACUGGGACCCCCAGGAGAAAGGUUAUGCUUUCCACAUCAUAAGCACAGCGUCCGAAUGGUCCUUGGCUUUUUCUUUCCUAAGCUUCUUCCUUACUUAUAUCCGUGACUUUCAGAAAAUUUCCUUGCAUACAGAAGCACUUCUGCAUGGGCACAAUCUUUAUGAUACACACCAGCAGUUUCUUGAAGAUGACCAAGAAAUUCAAAUUGCAGGAAAUAUAUGAGAAUGCAACAGAGAAAUGUGCGAGUGUUGGACCCAAGAGUAUUUGCUCAUGGGAGGAUAUGAUCUUGCAGAAGUUAGGAACCUUUGACUCAAGCACUGUGUUCUCAUUUCUGUUAACGGAGGAAUUCUGGCAUUGAACAUGCAGCUAACCACUAUAUGCCUCUUGUCCAAUUGUCAUGAUCCCCAUCUGCAGGCCUAAAAAUAUUGGUGCCUUCAAUAAAAGCAAAAAAGUGUAUUUUUAUAUGAAAAUGUUUUUAUAAUAAAGAAACAUGACUGAAAUCUCAUUUAUAUUGAAAAGAGCUUUCAGUUAACAUUCAAAAGACUGCAAUUUUGACUGUGAAGUAGUAAUGGCAAUAGUACCCAGCAACAUUUCUGUACAGAUUUUUAUAAAUUAAAUAAAUAUAAAAUUAAAGUUU